AUGGAAGAUGAGCUACUCAGAAUCAAACAGCUUGAUUUGAUACGGCUGAAGAUGCAGACUGUGAAAGACCAGCUGCUGAGACGAGAUAAAAUGAACGAGUAUUUAGAGAGCAGCCAUUUCAGAUUCCAACAAGAGAAACAGAGUAUUCUGUUGAAUAAAUUAAAAGAAGCCAUGCAGCUUGUUUAUCCUCAAGAGCAUCCAUUAGUGUCAAUAGACGUAGAAGCAUACGAGAGAAGUUUGGGUAAAGUAACAGAAAUAGGAGUAGUCAUCUACGAUCCGCAGGUUCUGCCAGGGUCUGCGGUGCCACUACUAAAGCCUUACCAUAUCAUUAUUCAGGAGAAUCUCAAAUUGGUCAAUGGCCGCUAUGUUCCAGACAAGAAGGACCGGUUCAUGGGCGGCACUUCUCAUGUUCUUCGCAAGAAAGAUGCAGAGAUGUUUGUGCUGGCCGUCAUAGAAAAGUAUAUAAACGGUAGAAAUGGAGUAUUGGUAGGGCACCACAUUGAAGGAGAUGUCAAAUGGCUCCGAAGCAUAGGAGUUAACAUUAAGAAUGACACUGCUGUAGUUGACACGUUCAGGCUCUUUGCGAUAUCGAGAUCAAGUGGCGGAACACUUCGUGGAGUGUUACGAGAGAUCAAUGUACCGCAUGGAAAUCUCCAUAAUGCUGCGAACGAUGCCUACUAUACGUUAAUCGCAGCCAUGACGUACUGUGACCCACAUCAUCGACUUGAAAAGAACUUGGACCAAUUUGUCCACAUGGAGAAGAAGCUGGCUGUGGAUAAGAAGAUGGACUUGUUUUCAGACAGAGCGACGUUCAGAAAGACGACUGCAGAAGAAUUGAUCCAGCUGCUUUGA